AUGCCUCUGGCCGCCCUCACUUUCCUGAUGGCUAGGGAACCACGCAACUCCUCCCUGCCCACCUUUCCAAGCGCAUGGUUCCUGAGGACAUUAGAAACUGCCCUGACAAGCAGUCAGCAGGUAGUUGAAGAUCAGCUAAAGAUAUGUGGCCACAAGAGGGAUGCUGAUGUCUUUGAGCUGUUCCUUUCUAAAAAGGAACUUACAGAGGUCAUUGAUCUUUCUAGAUUUAAAAAAUUAAAAUAUUUAUGGCUUCAUCAUAAUAAGCUACAUGGGAUAACAUUUUUAACUAGAAACUAUUGUCUGACAGAACUCUACCUAAACAAUAAUGCAAUAUUUGAGAUUGUUUUAUCAUUUCUACUGAAAACAUGCCUGCAUAAUUUGCCUUCAUUGCACAUACUCCUGCUCCACCACAAUGGGCUAACAAACAUUGAUGCUACCGUGAAGGAAUUAAAGGGAAUGCUAAACCUGAAGACCCUAAGUCUAUUCCAAAACCCUUUGUGCCAAUACAACCUCUACCGUUUGUAUGUCAUCUACCACCUUCCAGGAGUGGAGUUGCUUGAUGGAAAAUAAGUUACAGAAAAAGAAAGAAGAUCCAUGAUUACCAUUUUUAACCAUAAAAAAGCUCACAUCAUUCAAUCAAUAGCAUUCAGAGGAAAAGUAGAUACCUCCUGGAAUCCGAAGUUACCAAUAAAGCAGAAAUGGGUCCAGAGACUUCCUUCAGAUUUUGCAUUUGGGAAUAAUGUUGACAAGACAGUGUUUGAUGACCCUGAAGAUGCUGUGUUUGUAAGGUCUAUGAAGAGAUCAGUGAUGUCCAUUUCCUCUCUGAACUGGGACACAGUUCCAACUCGAGAAGAAAAGUACCGUGAGGAGACGAGCACAGAGCCUCCUCAAAUGCUCACAAUUAUUUUGAGAUAACAUGGAAUUUCCAGAAGUCCUGGUGUUCAUUUGUAUAUUAACUUCUCUGUGACUUAACAUAUUACACAUUUAUUAUGACCUGAAGCUUGUAAAUGUAAAUGGAAACAUCAGUGAUAAGAAACAUUUCCUACAUCAUAGGAUGUAUGUCAUGUAACUGACAUACUUGAUCAAGAAAUGGAACAUUGCCAGCUC